AUGCACAACUCCCUCACCCGCCUCCAAAACACCUUCUCCUUCUUCACAACAGUCGUCUUCACUCUCGGCAUCUUAAUCGCCCUCUCCGACCUCCUCGCGCCACGAACCCCCAGCGGCACCAUCAAGGUCGAGAACCUCUCAGUAACAAAAGGCCGCGUCCACUACUACUCCCCCAAAAAGGAAGAAUACGCCUCCAUCAAAUUCUCCCUCGACGCAGACCUCUCCUCCCUCAUCACCUGGAACACCAAACAGCUCUUCGUCUACGUCACCGCCGAGUGGCCCGACUCCCCCGGCUCCAACGCCACGAAUAGCGCCGUCAUCUGGGACUCUAUCAUCACGAGCCCGAGCUCGGAUCAUUUGGCGAAUGUGGGGCCCGCGACUAUGAAGAAGUUGAGGAGGAGUGCGGCGGGGAAGAGUAUUGAUCCUAGCCGAGGCAUCCUCAAACUCCGCAACCAACGCCCCAAAUACCAAAUCACCCACCCCUCCGGAAAAGUCGCCCAAGUCUCCGACGUCAAGCUCAAGCUCCACUACAACGUCCAGCCCUGGGUCGGCCUGCUUACCUGGAACCAGGAGCGCGCCUACGGGAAGUGGGAGGCGAUGAAGGGCGGCGUUAGCAAGUUGUUUGACUUUCCGGCGCUGAAGAAUAAGAAUUGA